AUGGAUGGUUUUGGUAUAAAAUUAGCAAUAAAUGCAUUAAAAACAUUAGCAUUUAUAUAUGAUAUUAUUACAUAUCCAAUAUAUUUUAUUAUACAAAAUCCAUGGAGACGAUUGCGAUUAUCGAAACGUAUUAAGGGUGUACCAAUAGCAAUAACACGAGAACAAAAUAAUGGUGAAAAUGAUUCUAAAUAUAAAGAUGAGACAAAAUUAAAUAUCAAUGAUCAUGUAAAUAAUAAAAUUGAUGAUAAUCAAAUAUUACAACAAAAUAAUGCAAAAAAAAUAAAGGCAAUACCAAUAACAAAUGACACAACCAGUGUAACAUACAGAUCAGUAAUGAGCCCGAAAGAUGUACAUAUUAGUUUAGUACAGAAUAAAAUUGAUACAAUGGAUAAAAUGUUCAAUAUGAUUGUUCAAAAGUAUGGUAAAAGGAAAUGUUUAGGUACACGGAAAAUAUUAAAUGAAGAAGAUGAAAUACAACCAAACGGGCGUGUAUUCAAAAAAUAUAAUAUGGGUGAAUAUCAAUGGAAAACAUAUAACGAAGUAAAUAGUUUGGCUACACAAUUUGGUUUUGGUUUAAAUGAUAUUGGAUGCCAAUCAAAAAAAGGUGUUGCUAUUUUUGCUGAAACGCGUGCCGAAUGGAUGAUUGCUGCACAAGCGCUUUUUAAACAAAACAUACCACUAUGUACAAUUUAUGCUACGCUAGGAGAUGAAGGUAUUAUUCAUGCUUUAAAUGAAACCGAAGUCGAAGUUGUUAUAACAUCAUACGAUCUAUUAAAUAAAAUCAAGGUCAUCUAUAAAGAUUGUAAAUUUUUAAAAACAAUUAUUUAUAUGGAGGAUCAAUUAAAGGAACCGAAUUUAGAACAAUUAUUUUCAACAAACAACAAUAAACAAUUAAAUGUUUAUAAAUUUAGUGACAUUAUAGCAAAAGGUGUAAAACAUACUGGUCUAGCUACACAUGAUUCAACACCAAACUCAAAUGAUUUAGCUAUUAUUAUGUAUACAUCUGGAUCGACGGGUACACCAAAAGGUGUUAUGAUAACACAUCGUAAUUUAAUCGCAACAUUGAAAGGUUUUUGUGAUUAUGUGGAUAUCUAUCCAGAUGAUAUUUUAAUUGGCUUCUUACCAUUGGCACAUGUUUUUGAAUUAUUAGCGGAACAUGUGUGCUUAUUGACUGGUAUACAAAUUGGUUAUUCGUCAGCGUUAACGAUGAUUGAUACUGCUUCCAAAAUUAAGAAAGGUACAAAAGGUGAUGCUACGGUGUUGAAACCAACGUGUAUGACAGCGGUGCCAUUAAUUUUAGAUCGUGUAUCAAAAGGGAUCCAAGAUAAAGUCAACAAAGGUUCAAUGUUAACAAAAAUCUUAUUUAAAUUCGCCUAUGAUUACAAAUUAUAUUGGUUAGAUCAUGGAAUGACAACACCAUUUUUAGAUCAAAUAAUAUUUAAAAAAAUUAAACAAUUACUAGGUGGUCGUAUACGAUUAAUAUUAGUUGGUGGAGCUCCUCUAUCACCUGACACACAUCAACAAACAAAAGUAUGCUUAUGCGAGCAUGUCAUCCAAGGAUAUGGUCUUACAGAAACCACAUCAAUGGCGACUGUGUUCGAUUACCAUGACCUAUCAUAUGGACGUGUUGGCGGGCCAACAACAAUGACUGAUGUUCGAUUAAUUAAUUGGGAUGAAGGUAAUUACCGUGUAACGGAUAAACCAUAUCCACGUGGGGAAUUGAUCAUCGGCGGUGAUAAUAUAACGUUAGGAUAUUUUAAAUUAAAUGAUAAAACACUUGAAGAGUAUUUCGAAGAGAAUGAUAAACGUUGGUUUAAAACUGGUGAUAUUGGUGAAAUACAUCCAGAUGGUGUUGUGAAAAUCAUUGAUCGUAAAAAAGACUUAGUGAAAUUACAAGCUGGUGAAUAUGUAUCGUUAGGUAAAGUUGAAGCGGAAUUGAAUACACAUCCAUUGGUUGAUAAUAUUUGUGUGUAUGGUGAUUCAUCAAAACAAUUUACAAUUGCAUUUAUUGUACCAAAUCAAAAACAAUUAGAAGAUUUUGCUGUUAAGAAAUUAAAUUUAGAUGUAUGUAAGUUAACACAACAACAUCAACAGAAUAAUACGGAUACAACGAAUACAAAUUCAUUAUCGGGUGAUUCAAAUACACAAACGUUUGAAAUGUUAUGUAAAAAUAAACAAGUUGAACAAGCUAUUAUUAAGGAAUUAGUGGAAUAUGGUAAAAAAUGUAAAUUAGAGAAAUUUGAAGUGCCUGCAGCAAUAAAAUUAUGUACAGAAGUAUGGACACCAGAUAUGGGAUUAUUAACAGCCGCAUUUAAAUUAAAACGUAAAAAUAUACAAGAAUAUUAUCAAAAUGAUAUUAAUAAAAUGUAUUUACAAUCUUCAAUAUCAUUAUAACAUCAUCAUCGUCAUUCUC